CACUCGACUGGGUUGAUUUUGGCAACUUGAAAACGAUUUUCAUGAAUGUGUAUUUUUGUGGAAUAAGCAUGGAUAUUAUUAUAAAUAUAAAUUAAAACUGUCUUAGUUACCAUGGAACCUUCGAAGGAGGCUAUUGCAGUGCGGAUCACCCGCCUCAAUCGCCAAAUCUUGGGCAAAGUGACCAGUGGUUCUAGCAAACUGAACAAAAAGACAAUAGAUCGUGAAGCUCUGUUGGAUGCCCUUACAGUUCUUUAUGAUGAGUGCAAUGAUGAUCCAGUUAAGAAAAGCGACGACCUUGUUAAAACCUUUGUGGACAGAUAUCGCAGUACACUUGCCGAAUUACGCAGAACUAGAGUAUGUCUCUCAGAUUUUGAGAUUUUACAAACUAUUGGCAGAGGCCACUUUGGUGAAGUCCAUAUGGUCCGUGAGAAAGAGACAAGCGAUGUGUAUGCAAUGAAGACCAUGCGCAAGGAGGAGGCGCGCAAGAGAGCCACCGCUGAGGAUGAGCGAGAUGUUCUGGCGAACGCCAACGGGCCCUGGAUGCCACGCCUGCAAUAUGCUUUUCAGGAUAACAGCAACCUGUACCUAGUAAUGGAGCUGUGCUCGGGCGGCGACCUGGCCGGGCUGCUGGCGCGCCGCAGCCAGCCGCUGGCCGAGCGCGACGCCGCCUUCUACGUGGCCGAGACCGCGCACGCGCUCAAGGCGCUGCACGGCAUGGGCUACGUGCACCGGGACAUCAAGCCGCACAACAUCUUGCUGGACAGGUGCGUGCUUGACGCUAGACUUGUCGCUGGUGGUCGUUAGCCAGCCGCUGGCCGAGCGCGACGCCGCCUUCUACGUGGCCGAGACCGCGCACGCGCUCAAGGCGCUGCACGGCAUGGGCUACGUGCACCGGGACAUCAAGCCGCACAACA